AUCGGUUUUUGUUUUAUCACUAUUAUUAUUAUUUAUAAUAAAAUUAAGGGUUGCACUUUGUUCUAUUUUCAGGAUCUAUUAUAUGCUUUAAAUCAACUAGAGGAGAAUUUAAAUAAGAUAAAAGCUUUAAAAUCUUUUGAUAUUUACAAAAAAGAAGUUCUCAUUGGUCGUCUUGAUUGGUCUCCUAUUCGAAAAGAUUCUACAUUUUGGUCUAAUAAUAUUGCGCAAUUUGAAGAGAACAACUUUCAGAUUUUAAGAGUCCUGAUUACAAUUUUGGACACAUCGUGUGAUCCAAGAGCUUUAGCUGUUGCUUGCUUCGAUCUGUCACAGUUCAUCAAGCACCAUAUAGACGGUCGAUUCAUAGUGACGAAGCUCAACGCCAAGGAACGAGUGAUGAAGUUGUUGGACCACAAGAAUGACGAAGUUACCAAAAAUGCAUUAGUAUGCACUCAGAGGCUAUUACUUAGCCCCAAGUAUGCUAACUUUUGCUAGGGUUGUUGACUCGCCACUAAAAUAUCCUACAAGAAGGCGAGGAGGCGAGGGCUCGUGUUUCUUAUCAAUUAAUUUUUUUUAUAUUUUUAAACUCAGAAAAAAUUUAUGGGACUUUAAACUAGUUAUGUAAUUAAUUAUAUUUUCAAGAGUAAUAUUUUAUUUUGAUUUAAGUUUUAAUUAGUUAAAUUAGUCAAAUUAGGUGAGGCCACUUGUUUAGUUGUUCUUUUUUGAAAUCAAUUAUCAAAUCAAAGAAUCAA